CAUUUUCAUCUACAACACAAUCACAAUGUCCAAGGGAAAAGUUUGCCUCGCCUACUCUGGUGGUCUCGACACCAGCUGUAUCCUCAAGUACCUCAUCGAGGAGGGCUAUGAGGUCGUCUGCUUCAUGGCCGAUGUUGGCCAGGAAGAGGACUUCGAGGCUGCCCGCGAGAAGGCCCUCGCCAUCGGUGCCUUGAAGUGCGAGAUCAUCGAUAUCCGCCGCGAGUUCAUUGAGGAGCUCUGCUUCCCCGCCAUUGCUUGCAAUGCCGUCUAUGAGAAUGUCUACUUGCUCGGUACCUCUCUGGCCCGCCCCGUCAUUGCCCGCGCCCAGAUCGAAGUUGCUCAGCGUGAGGGCUGCUUCGCCGUCUCUCACGGCUGCACUGGUAAGGGUAACGACCAGGUCCGCUUCGAGCUUGCCUUCUACGCCCUCCAGCCCAACAUUAAGGUCAUUGCCCCGUGGCGCGACCCUGUCUUCUACGAGCGCUUCGUCGGCCGUAACGAUCUUCUCGAGUACGCCGCUGAGAAGGGUAUCCCUGUCACCUCCACCAAGUCCAAGCCCUGGAGCAUGGACGAGAACCUGGCCCACUGCUCCUACGAGGCCGGUAUCCUGGAGGACCCCGACACCACUCCUCCCACUGACAUGUGGAAGCUCACCGUGGACCCUCUGACUGCCCCCAACCAGCCCGAGGACUUCACCGUCUCCUUUGAGAAGGGUGUCCCCGUCAAGCUUGAGUAUACCGAGAAGGGCCAGAAGAAGACGGUCACCGACUCCGUUGAGCUCUUCCUGACUGCCAACGCCAUUGCCCGCCGCCACGGUGUUGGCCGUAUCGAUAUCGUUGAGAACCGCUUCAUCGGUAUCAAGUCUCGUGGCUGCUACGAGACCCCCGGUCUUACCUGCUUGCGCUCUGCUCACCUUGAUCUCGAGGGUCUCGUUAUGGACCGUGAGGUCCGUGCCCUCCGUGACCAGUUCGUCACCUUCAACUACUCCAAGCUCCUGUACAACGGCAUGUACUUCUCCCCCGAGCGUGAGUUCCUCGAGGCCUCCAUCACCGCUUCUCAGAAGUCCGUCAACGGCCAGGUCCGCUGCCGCGCCUACAAGGGUACCGUCUCCAUCCUCGGCCGCUCUUCCGAGACUGAGAAGCUGUACGAUAUGACCGAGUCCUCCAUGGACGAGAUUGGUGACUUCUCCCCUGCUGAGACCACCGGCUUCAUCAAUGUCUCCGCCAUCCGUCUCAAGAAGUACGGCCAGAUGAAGGCCGCCGCUGGCGAGAAGUUGUAA